UCUUUCCUCCUUUUGUGCAACACCCCUUCCCUCCUACAGACCACCCAAAGCCCUAUAAAUAAUCCAAGGACUGUAUUUUUUCUCCAGAUUUCUCUUCAGACCUCAAAGGAAAAAUAUCAGGCAAAGGAAGGGAGAGAGGGAGAAGGGAAAGUGAGGAGGAGAGAGAGAGAGAGAGGAAAGAUGGCUAGUGAAUUCAAAAAGAAAGUGUUCUGGAGGGCAGUGGUGGCUGAGUUCCUUGCCAUGAGCCUUUUUAUUUUUAUUAGCAUUGGCUCAGCUCUGGGUUUUAACUUCCCAGUGGUGGGCAACAAAACAUCCACAAGGUCUCAGGACAACGUGAAGGUUUCGUUGGCUUUUGGGUUAUCCAUCGCUACCAUGGCACAGAGCGUGGGCCACAUCAGCGGUGCACACCUGAACCCAGCUGUCACCCUGGGCCUCCUGCUGAGCUGCCAGAUCAGCAUCUUCAAGGCGCUCAUGUACAUCAUUGCCCAGUGCCUGGGGGCAGUGGUGGCCACAGCUAUUCUGUCUGGAGUCACCUCCUCUCUCCCAGACAAUGCCCUGGGGCUCAACACGCUUUCAGAGGGAAUCAAUGCAGGACAAGGACUAGGUAUUGAAAUCAUUGCUACCUUCCAGCUGGUGUUGUGUGUCCUUGCCACCACAGACCGGAGAAGGAAUGAUGUCUCAGGAUCAGCACCUUUGGCCAUUGGUCUCUCCGUUGCCUUGGGACAUCUUCUUGCUAUUGAUUACACCGGUUGUGGAAUUAACCCAGCCAGAUCUUUUGGCUCAGCGCUGAUUGCCAACAACUUUGAAAAUCACUGGAUCUUUUGGGUUGGCCCAAUCAUUGGAGGAGCAAGCGCUGCCCUGAUUUAUGACUUCGUCCUGGCUCCCAGAAGCAGUGACCUGACCGACCGUGUGAAGGUGUGGACCAGUGGCCAAGUAGAAGAGUAUGAUCUGGAAGGAGAUGAUAUGAACUCCCGGGUUGAAAUGAAGCCAAAAUAAAGAAGGACAAGGGAAAAAAAAAAAAAAAAAAAAAAGCACAUUGGUUUCCGAAGAUUUUAUCAGUGUUAUAGACUCUUUGUAAACCAGAAAGCAGUACUUUGUUUUUUUAAUUCAAUAUGUUUUUCCAUUUUUUGCCCCCAAUCUUAAUAACAUUUUUAUAUCUGGGGUUUUUCAAUUAAAAAGUCUUCAGACCAAGAAGUCUUUAGACACUUUUGUGUGAGCUAAAUAAAUUGGGCUGAAAAUUAACCCCUUUCUUACCACCACCAAAUUUUCUGGUGUAUUUAACAUGAGUGGUUCUCCCAGCACAUCACUCAGUAAUGAUAAGUAGUCCAAAUGACCAGUGUGUUUGCUGAAAGAAUAGAUACUGGGGACAGAAAACCUUCUGUACCAAUAACAGGGGCCUUAUACUGGAAAAAGUAUUUAUACAAAUAUGUGAGGCUGGUAUCUAAUGCCAGCAGCACAUGUGAAAAACUAUGUCAAACCAUUGCCCGAACGCAUCUUUGGAAGCAAACGCCACUAACAAUGACUUGUUAUGUAGACUCAGCCAUGAUUUUCUAAAUGUUUGAUAAACUCUGAGAAAGAGCACCAGAAAGGUUAAGCAGGGCAAGAUCCUCCAGUCCCAGGACCCGUUUAGAUUUUCCUGUGCUUCAUUCUCCCUGAGCAUCCAGCUCAUUGUGCUGGGAGAGAACGUAUGACAAAAAAUGUAUAGAUACGUUAAUUACCAGGAAGUAAUAACUAGAGGUCAAAUUGAAGAGUAGUAAUAACAAUGGCAAGAACAACACAGUGCCAAUACCUAAACAGGAUCUGAUUGUUCCUGUGACUACUCUGCUUUUGUUCAUCUUAUAAAUUGAACCGUAUGUUUUAAAGCAAACCAAGGGGGGGGGGGGGGGGGGGGGGAGGGGAGGGAAGGUUCUUUUCUUCCUGACCCCAUUCUAAUAGCCACUGCUGUGACAUUCAGGGACAAUGAGUAGAUAUACACACAGUAUAUUUUCUAAUGAGGGACAAAUGCAUAACUGUGUGUAAGUCCAUUUUGGGGGUCAUUGCUUUGUUUUUAUAUAUAUAUAUAUAAAUGUUUAUAUAUAUGUUUUAUACAGAAAGCCUAGUAUACUGUUUUGUAAGAAAAUAAGACAAAUGGAAAGAAUUGCAGCAGUGCUUAGCAAAUAAGUGACACUGGAAACAUAAAGAAAAUUAACACUCUAAAUGAUGUGGAAGAAUAUUUUCUGUUUUCGUUUUUGUGUGUGUGCUACUUAUGAUUUCCUGAGUAACCCAAAGCAUUAGCUGGUCUUACCUACUAACUAUAGAAUAUAGUUAAAGCAGAUACAUGCUGAUAUACUUGUUCUGCACUAAACAGUUUUACAUAAGAAAUGAGGCCCAGAGGAACCUACACAAAAAGCUGUGCACUUUACCAUUCAAACACCCCAGGGGUAAUAUGAUGGAUGUCUCCCCUUGGAGAGACGGUGUGGACAUGGAAGUUGAGAGAGGGCUGAUAUGGGAAUCCGCAUAGGUUGGAUCAUUUCAUCAAGCUGAGCAGAUGCACAAUGAAAAAAAAAAAAAAAAAAAAAAAAAAGGAAAUUCACCAGCAAAAUAAAACAGAAUACAUUUUAUCUUUCUUGUCUACAUUUGGUGUGCUAUCACAUGUAUUGUCUAUGUACAUACAGCAUGAUUGAAUUUUGGGGUGGUUUAAAAAUAAAAUCAGUUGUGCUAACACAUGAAA